UUCAUAAUAACUUCUCUUAUGAAAAAAAAAGAGGAAAAUAAUGUAGCAAAAAAAAAAGUUUCCUUAACUAAGACUAGCAAGUAGCAAUAGUAUUGAGCAAAAGAGAAUCCUAAGACAGACAUUGGAGGCAUUACAUGUGGGCCCAGGAUCCUUUAACGUUGUAAAUUAAGUGCAUGAAGUUAUCAUCGAAAUUCCAACAGUUUGUAACUUUGUAUUUAUGGUGAUGUCAAAAUUUUAUUCUUUACACAAAUAAUUCUCUUUUAAUGGGGUAAGAUAGGGCCUCAAUCCAAAAGUUGUGUGAGAAACCUCGUAUACCGAGCAUCAACACCUAUAUGGUAAGCAAAAGGACAUGAACCAAAUAAACUAUACCAAACUUGUUGCUUGGUCUGUUUGCUGCUGUCAUUCUCAUUGUCUCCAUAGUAGACGUUUCUAUUCCCUUUCUCUUUUUCUGAUCUGUACUUCCUUUUCCUUGCUAAAUGUGUUCCGCAAUCAACCAAAUCAAAUACCAUAUGUCAGAUUACAAGAAAAGAAUUAAUGCACUUUAUUCAUGCACAUAUUGCAGACAAACCAUUUUACUGUUCACUUGUUUGUUUCUCCUAUUAGGCAAAUCCUCGAAGCUAACAUUACUAAUCUGCAUGUCAUUUAUAUCCAUCAAAAGAUAAAAUCAGUAAAAUUCAAUCUAGGCUGGACAAAAUAUAAAAUUGCCAACAACCGGCAAAUGGUUUAAGGUUACAUUUGAAAGAACUUAUUUAUAAUUUAUUUUAAUUCAUGUAAUAACACUUGGAACCUAUAUAAAUAUUUAGGAGAGUUUAUGAAAAUAAAUUGUUACAAAUCGAGAAUUUAAUUUGGUAAUUGACAAAUUCAAGAUAUAAGAUAUGUGGCAGAUGUUCAACAUGCUGUAUGCACUUGUCAUCAAAUCCAAGAUUUCUUAUCUGAUCUCUUUCUUUUUUCGUUUCCUCUCUCUGUCUCAGCUUCGGUCAAAAGGAAAAAAAGCCAUGUUGGACCUGUCAAAGCCAAUGAUUUCAAAUUCUCAUACACUGAUUACUUUGCGUGGAUCCAAAACCUCGAGGCUCGUGUCGCAUAUUCUAAAGCUUAAUGUGCCUCUGUCCCUGAAAAAGCUUAUGGUUUUGCCUCAUUCUUCUAGUUUAAACAGACAUCAGACUCAAAACCCAAGACACCCCCCCACUUAAUGUUUCUUCUUACUUUAGUUGAUCUUGUGUUUGGUUUGACAUAUAAAUAACCUUGUAUGUCUCUGUCUCAUUGAUUAACUCUCAUUUCAAUUGUUUUCAAAUCAUUCUGUCUCAUUUUAUCCUUCAGCCCUGCCCUUUCCAAAUCAUCAUUCUGUUGCAUCAUUUCCUCUCAGCUGUGUUACCAUGGAGGUUGUUGAGCUAAAAGUGGAGAUGGUUUGUAUACAUGAGAAAAGACUAAGGAAAUGCCUAUCAAAAUUAAAAGGGAUAGAGAAAGUGGAAGUGGAUACUAACUGUCAGAAGGUGGUGGUCACAGGAUACACACACAAGAACAAAAUCCUAAAAGCAAUUAGGAGAGGGGGUCUCAAGGCUGAUUUCUGGUCUGCCCAGAAUGAGUUGCUAAAUGCUUAUGUCAGUGCCAAUUAUGCCAGUUUGAGAUUCAACCCCUUUAGCUUCUUCUAGUUUUUCUCAUCCCCAAUUCCACCAAAUUGGAUAUACUUUUUUCUUUUUUGGGGGGCUUUUUCUUUGGGCUUUAAUAUCUUCUGUCCUGUGUGGGAUGAUAGAUAUAUACACUAGUUUGUAAUCAUUUUGCUUCUCAUUUCCAUACAAAUCAUGACCAAUCACAAUGUGCAAUGAAGAUAUUUUAGAAAGUGUAAUAGAGACAUAUCCAAUUCAA